AUGGAGGAGAACACCCUUCCCACGUCCGAAAGCAGACGGUCGAAAGCCGAUGUCGAGGGGGUUCUCAAUAAACUUGAGAAUCCUGCCGAUGCCAGCAACAGUUCAGAGUUGGAGAAGCUGCUGGUGCAACUUCACGGAGCGACUCGCACACUAGGCGAGGGCGCGCUGGAACCUUUGUUUUCGAAAAGGGGGGUGAGGAUCAUUGGAGCAUAUGCCUUCCAAGCUGAUCCAAAGCCGGAGCACCUACCUGCGCUGCGAUGCCUGAACAACAUUCUGGUCAGGGCCCCCGAGUCCAGAAAGCUUAUUUCCACCGAAAUCGGCACAGACAGGAUCAUCUCGGCUCUCCAGCGCGAUGACCCCGACGACGAGCUGGCACUGGCCAACAUUAUCAUCUUCUCGUGCCAUGGCACAAGCUUGGACUUGACGCCUUGCUUUGAGAAUGAUGGCCUCGCGGAAAUCAACAUCCAACGUCACGCAAGCCAAGGGCCACUGCCAACCGCGGACCCUACGUCUGCGUGCGCAGCAAGCCUACGGCUUUUGUCGACACUUGCUGCUCGCUACGAGGACCAGGCACAUCGGUUCAUUCACGCCGUCGAUCCUGUGCUGGACAUGCUGUCCAAGAUGACCAUCCUGACGCCCCCGCUCCAGGCACCCGUGUCCAUCCUCGUCAACUGUCUGCCUGUGCUGCCUCUUAGUGAGAAGAAAGAUAUUGAGGUCAGCGCCGUGGACAAGCUCAUGGAGAUUCUGAGCGAUUGCAUCAACUUCUACGGUACCCAAGACAAGGAAUCCGAGUUCCUUCCCCUGCUCCUGGCCAUCAACCACCUAUCUCGGUCGGGAGCCAAGUCAGCAAAGGAGCGACUCCAGCAGAAGAUCAUACCGAGCGAGGAGGAUCGAAAGGAGGCGCUCGGCAUGGGUCAGUCAUUGCCACACAAACUGCUCCACAUGUCCAACAUGUCCAUGUUCCCCGAGGUGCGCGAGGUGAUCAUGACCACAUUCUUUGAAUUGUCCGAAAGAGACCCCUCGCUGUUCGUACACAAUGUUGGGUUUGGCAACGCUGCGGGAUACUUGAAUUCCAAAGGCAUCGAGAUUUCGCAAAAGGAGCUUGGGUCAGCGGUUGGCCCUGCUGUCAACCCCAUCACUGGCCAGAGGCUGGACGCUGAGCCUGAGGUGGAACUGCCGGAGAUGACGGAUGAGGAGAAGGAGCGCGAGGCGGAGCGCUUGUUUGUGCUGUUUGAGAGGCUCAAGGCUACGGGCGUCAUGGACGUGGAGAACCCAGUCACGGCGGCAAUGCAAUCGGGACGGAUCCAGGAGUUGCCCGACGACGCAAGCGACGAUGACGAUAGCGAUGACAACAGUAAGGGCAAAUAG